ACGAACUCAUGGUUGAAAUAUAAAAGCAGAGGGGAGCUCCUUGGUUAAGUGUGGCAGCAGGAACGUCAGCUAUAAAUGAACAAUACUAUUUAAAUUGUUUACGUAAUAAUGUAGCAUUAUUUUUGUUCUUUUUUCAACAGAUUUUAUUUCGACUACCAGCCCUUUAAAAAGCAAAUAAACUAGUUGCCGCUUUUUUCCAGCUCUGUUACUUAUUAAAGUAUUAACCGUAAAUGAAACUAAGGCUAAAGCUAAAACAUCACGUGUAAACAGCUAAACGCUGCUCAAGUGCACGUGUAAUGAGACCCUGUCUGAAAACUAAAAAAAUCGCGUGGGUAUCGCGGUAGGCCGUGACGCGAGAGGGAAUCUUGCAUAAAAUAAGAUUUAACCGGUUUAAUUUAAUUAAUUAAACAAUUUGAAAAUUCAUUGGGUGAUGAGAUUUUAAUGGAACGACACAUGCAAAUAAGUUCCUGCUGAUGUUUAAAAGGCUCUUAAUGGACAAUCUCUAGUAAAAGGGAAUAUAGGCAAGAAAGUGGUCAGGAACAUCAUACGAUCGCUCAAUACCUCUCGUCUUCUUGUUUUUACAAAUAUAAAACUCACAACAACAUAAAAACCUAAAAGCAUAAAAGGCAUCCAUUUGGAAUCGAGAGUGGCCAAGAACGCAGCAGAUUUAUCAAUAACACAUCGUGGAUAACACUCGGUCAAGCUCGUCAGACAUGGAUUCCAUUAGCAAGUGGAACACGAUCUUCAUGGGAAUCGAGUUCGUGGUGUGUUUCUUGGGGAUCGUGUUCAAUGGUUUAGUCAUUUUUACAAUUUAUAAGAACUUCAAUCACCUCUCAGCACCCAGUUAUUUCAUUCUCAGUAUUGCGGUGAGUGAUUUCCUGUCUUGCUCCAUAGCUGUUCCAUUUUCGAUCGCACGGCACUUCAACAAGGAAUGGCCGUUUGGUACGACUGGAUGCAAGGCACACGCCUUCAUGAUAUUUCUAUUCGCUCUCGUCUCCAUCACUCAAAUGGCUACCAUUUCGGCAGGAAAGUAUUUGAAUAUAACGAGAUCUCUUUACAGGGAUUCCUAUUUCGACAAGAGACAGAUAAUGUUGAUAAUCUUGGGCUCUUGGAUCUACUCACUGGUCUUCAGCGCUGCUCCUUUGUUAGGCUGGUCAAGAUAUGGACUGGAGGGAACCAACGCUACCUGCUCACUUCAAUGGCAGUCUUCUCUAGCAGGCGAUAAGGCAUAUUUUGUGGUUGUGUUUUUCGCUUGCUAUUUAUUACCAAUCACUGUGAUUACAUUUUGCUACUACAAGAUCCAUAACAUUUCCAAAGGCAUCGUUCAGAUCACUUCACAGUUGGGUCGUAUAGCAAUGUCGAUGACACAAGCUCUUCUGAAGAAGCAUCGCAAAUCCGCAAUGUACUAUUUAACAAUCAUAGUCGCAUUUGUGGUCUCGUGGUCUCCCUAUGCCGUCGUUUCUUUCCUUAUUGUUUUAGAAAGAAAGGUAAAUCCUAUUGCGCUCAGCGCGUCUAGCGUGUUUGCUAAAACCUCGUUUUUCCUCAACCCAAUUCUCUAUGCUAUUUUUUCCCGCAAGUUUCGGCGACGUUUGGUCCUUGCGGUCCCCAUAACCAGGCCAAAUCGUUUGGUGAGACCAUUUACUUUACCUUCGCAAUCGGGAGGUUUAGUCCUAUGAAAAGACCCCAUUGCCUUAUUUACCGCAUGUCGUGAAUUCUGCGUAAACAUAGAUCCAAGAUUUUAAAUCGGCUUUAAGGUCCCCUUUUUCAAACUGGGAUUGAUGACAAAAAGUUGAAUUCAGUGCCCGGUUGGAGUGGGUGAUCACCAGCGUAAAACAGAAGGGAAGAAACAGAGUGCAAAUGUGUCGCAAAGGGGUUCGCCAUAGGCAUCGCUUACGACUCAGCACUUGCUUUUGAUGAGGGUUUACACCGUACCAAUGAGACCGAAAGAAAAUUCUUUCACAUUCGGAAUGGUAGAUGGUUGCUGAUUCAAAAGCUAGAUGUGCUCUCCUAAGAAGUUUUAACACCAUUUACAUUCUAUUGCAUUUAUGAAAAGGAAGAAGAACAACAGCAAAUUUGCUAAGCUUCGC